AUGAAGAAGGUGGGCGAGUACUACACGAUGGAAAGGGAGAUGCCUGCUGCCAUGCGCAGGAUCCAUGGGAGCCAGGAUAGCUGGCUGGGGCAAGCAGGGGAGGCGCCUCUGCUGGGCGUGCCUCACAAGCGAGCGGCUCUGCUGGGUGCACAUCACAGAUGGGUGCUGGGACUGCCUCAUAGACCAAGGGACCGAGUCAAGGUGAGCAGGCCAUGGAAUGCCCGCAGAGAUGAUGGGUGGCAACUGCGGGGUGCCUAUGGUUCUAAGUGGAACUACUCAAAUAGUAGGCAGCUACUUUGA